CCAGUAGAUUUAGGAUCCCCGGGGGUUAAGUCUCCAGUUUGUAUAUAAGAAAACCAAACCUUAACCUCCAAAAAGAUGUCCCGCUUUGUGAAAUCGUGCGCGAUGAUGGCCGUCGCCGUGGAAGGCGUCAAACUUGCAACCCCGCAUGCAGCGGCGGGAAGGGGCACGAGGCUACGCCACGCUAUAUUCUGGUUCAAGCUAGAUGGCAAGCAAUGUAAAGACCUCUCGGCGGAGGAGAAGACGGAGGCUUGCGGCGCUGGUGCGGAAGUGAAGGAUGCAAAGAUCUCUGUGGAAGUCUGGGAAAAAGCCAGGCAGAAGUACGACGGGGAAUGGGAAUCCCUCACUGGUGCUGCAGACACUUUCUCUGACGUCUGGGGGGCAAAAAUGGUGUCACUUCAGAAAAAAACUCUUGUCGAUGCUGCGAAGCAGGUUUGCUGUCCUUCCAGCCAACCAGCCAGCCAACCAACCAACCAGCCAACCAAUCAACCAACCAACCAACCGACCAACCAACCUAAGUGCUGCUAGAAUAUGCAGUAUGAUUUCUUCGAGUAGCAACUCGAACUCUAGAAGUUGUACUAGUGGUGCGCGAGGACCUCCUCGGUGCAUCCUGAGGACCAUGCGUCCUUUAAAUGCCAGAUUCCUCAUGAAGGAGCCUUGCCGAAAGUCAUGCAGAAGUUUCCAGCAAGCCCAGAUGAGCCACAGGCUUUGCACGAGUUGGAUGAUCAACUACGAACUGGAAAUAAUGAGGCUUUUUGCUGUUGGCCUCAACUAUGGAGGAAGUGUUUCAUAAUUGAGUCUUGUAUAUUGAACAAAAGGAAAAGCGAUUGCAAGGGCCGUAUCCGUCUACGGUUGUAUUUUAGACAAGAAUAUUUAGUCGUCGUCGUGGAGGUGGUCAUGGUGGUCGCGGAAUAGCUUCAAAUCAUGAUGCACUUGUAGUAAUAUUCGCCAAGAGUUUACUACUGCUGCACUUUUUCCUAAAAAUAUUGAUAGUCAACGAUAAUAAAUUAGAGAAAUAGAAUAUACCAGGAAAGCUUACGCUUACCAUUGCCUUGAGGUAGUUUUUCUACUAGAAGCUAGUAACAAAUAAAGCAAAGUCGCUAACUUUUUUUAGAAGUGAACAACUCUAGGCUCUUGUGUUUGUCGCGCGUCUUGUAGAGAAGACAAGACCCGAGAAAGGAGAUCAAUGCAUAAAACGAUCGUCAAAAAUAACAGCACGAGGCGACCGACUCUCACAUUGGUAAGGGCAAAUUGCGAAUGAACAAAAGAAUUUUCAAUCUGUGAAAUUGUAAAAAUGUCGAAUAUAACAAGAAGGGAUUUAAGAUUGGAAAAC